CAAGCACAACUCCACUCCACUCUCCACCCCCAACGCCAACCCCGUUCCCCCUCCAACGGCACUUCUCCCACCUCACCUCCUUCCAACCGCAGUUCGUCUACCACAAGUCUUCCCCAGGCGAUGACCACGGGUCGACCGCCCAGCUACUCGGUAAACAAUCUCAGCAAUCGUCCAACAAGCCCCUUGGCUCCCGGCCAGCAACUUGUCCAACAUCCCGCCCCGCUUAACCCUUCCGCAAUGAACCAGUACGGUCAACCUAUCCCACCACAAAUGAAUGCGCCUCCAGGAUACGGGAUGCAACAACCACAACAGCUGGGCCAUGGUGCUCCUGCCGGUCUUCCUCAGCAGUACGCGGGACGAAACCCGGCAUCCGAGGUCCAGGGUGGAGAUCGUAGCAAGGCCCAGCUCAUCGUCGGUAUUGACUUUGGAACCACUUUCUCUGGUGUCGCAUUCGCCUUUGCAACCAACAAUGAAGCUAGGGAGGAUAUCAUUACAGAAUGGCCCGGUGCCGGAACCCACACCAAACAGAAGAUCCCCACCGUUCUCUAUUACGAUCAGUACCAAAAAGUUGUUGGCUGGGGUCCAGAUAUUGCCGAGGCGCUGGCGCCGACCGGAUACCCCAAGCCAGGUGUGCAGAAGGUAGAAUGGUUUAAGCUUCAGCUGAUGUUAUCCGGAAACACGUACAUCGACCCCAUCAACCUUCCUCCACUGCCCCCCGGCAAGUCCGAGAUCGACGUCGCUGCCGACUAUCUCUUCAAGCUACGACAGGCAAUGCGCGCUCAACUACAAAAGACACUGGGUGAGGUAUUCACCCGUGAGGAGCGCAAUAUCCGUUACUACCUGACCGUCCCGGCCAUCUGGAAUGACGCGGGCAAGGCGGCCACUCGUGCUGCUGCCAUCCAGGCUGGUUUCUUGCGUGAUGAGAAUGAUAACCGGUUGACUCUGGUCUCAGAACCAGAGGCCGCUGCUUUGUUUUGUGCGAAGACUGGAUUGCUGAACCUGAAGAUUGGUGAUGCGAUCUUGAUUGUAGAUUGUGGUGGUGGUACCGUCGAUUUGAUCGCAUACGAGGUCGAGGAGGAACAGCCCUUCAGUGUGAUGGAGUGCACAGCCGGUUCCGGUGACUCUUGCGGAUCGACAGCGCUCAACCGCAACUUCAGCAACAUCUUGCGGGCCAAGAUCCGGAAGAUGAAGCUGCCUGAUGGCUCCCGAACGGCGGGCAAGGUCUACGCCAAGUGUAUCAUGGACUUUGAGAACCGCAUCAAAGCCGACUUCCGUAACAACGGACAAAAGUGGGCUGUGGAUGUUGGUAUCGAGGCGGACUUCCCCGAUGCUGGAAUUGAGGAGGGUUAUAUGACGUUCACCAACGAGGAGAUCCUUCAGUGCUUUGAGCCUGUGGUGAACCGUAUUCUAGAGCUGGUCCGGAAUCAGAUUAUUGCUAUCCAAGCACAGAACCGCCUGCUCCAGAACGUUUUGGUUGUUGGUGGAUUCGGCGCCUCCGAGUACCUCUUCCAGCAAAUCAAGCUUCACGUGCCUCCCCAAUAUCAGACCAAGGUUGUUCGCCCUAUGGACUCGGUAGCCGCCAUUGUUAAGGGUGCUGUUACCGCCGGUAUCACUGAGCGAGUUAUCACCCACCGUGUCGCUCGUCGACACUAUCUCAUGGCCACUCUUCAGCCCUUCAAGGAGGGAUACCACCCCGAGCAAUACCGAGUACCCAGCCUGGACGGCCGAGACCGAUGCAAGUAUACCCGCCAGAUCUUUGUCCAGAAGGGUGAGCGUGUCAAGAUUGGAGAGCCUGUCAAGGUCAGCUUCUUCCGUCAAGUGGCGCCUGGUGCCACCCUUAUGUACGAGGAUGUUCUGUACGCCUGUGACGAAGAUGUCUGCCCCGAGUACACCAAGGAUCCUCGCAUCAAGGAGGUCGUUACUCUCACCUCGGAUUUGUCGCGCAAGAACCUGGAGACCGACUUUGAGCGUAUGGACACCCCACAGGGUAUCUUCUACCGGGUUUACUUUGACAUUUACCUCACCCUGGAUGGCAGUGAAUUCAGCGCCGAGCUGGUCUGUCAAAAUGAGAUUAUGGGCCGUUGCCGCGCUAAAUUCCGGUAA